AUGGACUCUCUAGCAGCCGCCGAGACCCCCCUCGUCUCCGCCAUGGACCUCUUCAACCUUCAAGGCAAGCAGGCCCUCGUCACAGGCGGUUCGCGAGGCAUCGGGGCCGCUAUGGCGCACGCCUUGGCCGAUGCAGGCUGCUCGGUCUGCAUCGCCCAGCACGAUGUCACCAAUACGGCUGUCACGGAUGCCAUCCGGGCCAAAGGGGUGCGGGCUGAGGUCCUCCAGUGCGAUCUCAGCAACAUGGACGAGGCGCGCGGGUUAUUCCCCAAAGCGCUGGAGGUGAUGGGCGGCCAGAUCGAUAUCCUAAUCAACUGCGCGGGCCUGUUGCACCGGAAACCGUCAGUAGAUGUAACCGAGCAAGAGUGGGAUAGUGUGAUUGACGUCAACCUCAAGGCGCUAUUUCUCGUCUGCCAAGGUGCCGGGCGACAUAUGAUCCCUCGGCGGUCCGGCAAAAUCAUCAACGUGUCGUCUCUGAAUAGCUUUAUCGGCGGUGAGAUCGUUGCGUCGUAUGCUGCAUCUAAGGGGGCCGUGUCGCAGUUGACCAAGUCUUUGAGCAAUGAGUGGGCCCGGUAUAAUAUCCAGGUGAACGCGAUCGCGCCUGGCUCCGUCGCUACGGACAUAAACACGGAUCUCCGCUCCGAUCCAGAGCAAUAUGCAGCUCGCGUCGCCCGCUGUCCGGCCGGUCGAUGGGGGCUGCCAGCCGACUUUGCAGGUGUGACUCUGUGGCUAUCCAGCGCGGCGAGCCAGUUUGUGACGGGAUCAGUGGUUGUUGUAGAUGGAGGGUUCUUAGGGCGAUGA